CCAUGAGACAAAAUUGUCUAUUUACAGCAGAUCAGACAGAGAGAGAAAGAAAAAAAAGAGAGAUUUUUCUACCGGAAAAAGGUCAACUAAGUGAGAUACGCACAACCAAGAGAGAGAUGGGAAGAGCUCCUUGUUGCGACAAAACAAGUGUGAAAAAAGGGCCAUGGUCUCCUGAAGAAGAUGCAAAGCUCAAAGAGUUUAUAAACAAACAUGGCACUGGUGGUAACUGGAUCGCUCUUCCUCACAAGGCUGGUUUAAAAAGAUGUGGGAAGAGUUGCAGGUUGAGAUGGUUAAACUAUUUGAGACCCAAUAUUAAACAUGGUGAGUUUUCUGAAGAUGAAGAUAGGAUCAUCUACAGCUUGUAUGCUAGCAUUGGUAGCAGAUGGUCAAUAAUAGCAGGUCAGCUACCAGGAAGGACUGACAACGAUAUCAAGAAUUACUGGAACACCAAACUUAGGAAGAAGCUAUUGGCUAUGCUUCCUUCCUUCCAAAAGAAGCCAUCUUUUCACCAAUCUAUUCCCCUUCAAUCAUCACCACUUUCUGAUCAUCAUAAAUAUUCAGACAAUUUCUUGAACACUUCAUCGUUUUACAACAACUCUAACUUCAUGAAUGUUAGCAACUCUCUCCUCACCACCACCGGUAGCAGCAUCGUCCAUGAUCAUAUGAAUGUUACUGAUCUCUUUGUGCCGCCACCAUCAAACCCCUUAACCGGUAUGAUUUCCAACAACAAUUAUUAUCCAGGGUUUCAAGGUGAUCAGAGCAUGAACAAGGAGUGCUACUACCCAGAGGUGAAAGAAAGGAUGCUGAUGUUCGGAGGUGGUGGUGAACUAAGUACAACUUGUUCUUCCUCCGACGGUGGUGGUAGUUGCAUGAGCCAAAUAAGCUACAACAAGUAUGAUCAUCAUCGGAUCAAGCAAGAAGACCAGUUUUCCCUUCAGUGGUUUGGAGAUCAAAGGCAUGCUUUCAUGACAGAUCAUAACUACGUUGAUCAGAAACCAAAAGGGUAUUUCAAGAAUCAUGUUAAUCCACUGCAUAUUAACCUAGAAGAAGUGAAGCAACUCACUGUUAUCAACAACAACAGCAGCAGCAGCGUCAACAUCAGCAGCUACUUGAUGAAUGAUGAUGAUGAAAACAAGACAACACAUAUUCUUACUGAUGGAUGUUAUAUGAUGAUUGAUGGGAGUAACUAAAUGACUGUUGUAAUUAAGAAAAGCAUAUCAGAUAUGGGAGAUCUUUUUGGCACAGUUUCUUGGGGUUUGUGUGGAUCUGCAAUGUAAAAUUACUUGACGAGGAAAAAAAGAUUUUUUU